CGGGAUAUGUUACAAAUAAAAAUAGGGUUGACUGAUAAUUUUGUUUUCAAUUCGUUCCAAUCACUCUGAGCUGUUCCAUCUUUCCUUGAAAUUUUUUCAAAGUUAACUUGUCUUUCAUUCAACGACAGUCGAUUACGAAUUUCUCGUGAAAAUGAUAACCAUUUCGUUUGAAACGAUAGCGAGGUGUUGGAUCCUACUUUUUCUUGUGUUGGCUUCUGCCGGUUUAACGUUAGCCCGUCCACAUCACGAAACGCAGCCGAUGUUGAUGAGCUUCUGCGGACGUGAACUGGUGCGAGUCAUAGACGAAUCCUGUUCGACUUUUAAGAAUCCUUCUUAUCUCGAUCUGGUAGCUCUCAAUCAGUCUUCUUCACAUGCAGACUCUACACCAGCAGACACAAGCGAAAGCCAAUUGACACAACGGACAGAAUUGGAUAAUAGGAAACGGGAUUCUCUGUUGCGUCAGUGCUGCGUGAUUGGCUGUAUAGAGGAGGACUUGAUUACCUUCUGUCACGCCGACAGGAAUCAAAUUUUGGAAGCGGCGCUCCAGCUCCAGCAUGAAGACAUGGACAUGGAUAGGCUUUAUGAAUUUUUACCGCGAAUCGGAGCUGUCCAUGAAUAAAUUUUGAAUAAUAAUUAAAAAUAAUAAUCCAUUAGGUUUGUUUUUCGUUAUGACUGAGCCGUUGAAACCUCAUCGAAAUGUGUCCUUUUGUUGUUGUUUUUUAAGACGAGUGUUCGCUUCGAACCUAGCAUUAAAAUGCAAGUUAUAGCAUAAUUAACUUUUGAUGCAUGUAUUAAUAAACGAAUCGAACUUA